GCUACAUUCAUUCGCUUAGAACCAGUGUCGUUGCACAGUCGUCCUGUUCGCUUGCUUUUCCGUUAAAAUCAGCAAAACAAAAUGUCGUCUGAACAAUCACCUGCUGCCGAAGAAGUAAAUGCUGUCACAACGGCCGAAAGUGAAGAGAAGAAAGAAACCAAAACUGAAAGCAUGGAAGUUGAGGCUCCAGCAACGGAUGUCACAUCCGACGAAGCUUCACCUGAAUCCUCUCCAAUAGCAGAAAAACCCAAAAGUAAAGCUAAAGCCCCAGCCAAGAAGAAGGCCGCUGCUCCUAAGAAAGCAGCUGCCACAACUAAGAGAGUCGCAGCCAACAAAGUAGCAGCCCCGGUUGCUGCACCAACUAGCCCGCCAAAACCUGCUGCCUCUCCAAAAGCUAAGUCCCCUGUCAAGAAAUCAGCUGCAAAGGAUUCAUCUUCUUCGUCUCAUCCGCCUUACCUCGAGAUGAUUGUUGCCGCUGUUGAGACACUCAAGGAACGCAAUGGCUCAUCACGACAGGCAAUUCUGAAGUACAUUACGUCAAAUUACGACCUCGGCGUCGAUACCAAAAUGGCCAACGUUCAUCUCAAGCAAGCCCUCAAGCGAGGAAUAACGGUUGGAACACUGAAAAACACCAAAGGAGCCAAAGGAGCUGCUGGAUCCUUCCGCAUUUCAAAUGAAAAGAAAAUUAAAGCUGUGCCUGCCGCGGCUAAGAAUGCUCCAUCGUCUCCUACAGCUGCUGCGAAGAAGAAGGCAGUUGUAAAAGCAUCUCCCAAGAAGGUUGCUGCUUCGCCAAAGAAAGUAAAGGCAACCGUUGCUACAUCUCCAGCCAAAAAAGCUACAACUGCUGCCCCCGCCACCAAGAAGCCCAAAGCUCCCGCUGCGGCCAAAAAGAAGGCUCCGGCAACUGACAAACCAAAAGCUGCAAAGGCCCCGGCUGCAUCAACUGCUCCUGCGGUCCCAUCUUCACCCGUUGCUGCAUCACCAAAAGUUGUGGCUAAAGUAGCUUCACCGAAAGCUGCGUCACCCAAAAAAGCGGCUCCGGCUAAACCAGCCGCCAAGUCGCCAAAGGCGAAGAAAGUCGCAGUCCCCAAGAAAGCUGCAGCAUCUCCUGCUGCUUCUCCGGCUGCUGCACCAAAGAAGGCAGCUCCGAAAGCUGCUGCUGCUAAAGCCGCAAAGGCAGCAAAAUCCCCUAAAGCUGCUGCUGGCAAAAAAGCCGUGGCCAAGAAAUAAAACUCCACCGAUUUUUUAUUGUUUUUUAAUGAAAAGCACACAUUUCUUGUCAACUUUUUGAUUGCUGUUUUCUGGGGCAUGAUCUCGUUCAAUUGGUCGGUUUAUCGUACUCAUUCCGCAUUUUCAAUCUUUUUUUGCCAUCCGCCAUUUUUCGAGAAAUCUGUUUCAUGCAUUUGUAUAUUUGUACCAUCUUCAUUCCGUUUUCGAAUCGCUCAUUCCGUGUCCUUUGAAGGUAUCAUGACAAGUUUGAUAAAGUCACAAUAAACUGAUUUAUUCACAGAAAA